GCACCAGCAGCAGCGCCAGGGACGAGCUCGCCGCUUCCUUCCUGCCGCAACCGCGCUAGCGCCCGCCGCGCAGCCACAGCCGCGCUCCGUCUCUCCUCCCGGCCCUGCCGGUCCCUGCUCCACCUCCUCCUGUGUCGGCGGCGGGAGCAUCGCCGUCCCUCCUUCUCUGCCCUGCUCCUCUCGCGUCUGCUUCCUCGGCGUCUCCCAUGGCGGCCCCGGGCAACAUCGUGUCCGUUAUGGCCAGCAAGACCAAGACCAAGAAGAAGCAUUUCGUGGCCCAGAAAGUCAAGCUCUUCCGGGCCAGCGACCCGCUGCUCAGCGUCCUCAUGUGGGGGGUCAACCACUCGAUCAAUGAACUGAGCCAUGUUCAGAUCCCUGUUAUGUUGAUGCCAGAUGACUUCAAAGCAUAUUCCAAGAUAAAAGUGGACAAUCACCUUUUCAACAAAGAAAAUAUGCCAAGCCAUUUCAAAUUCAAAGAAUAUUGUCCAAUGGUUUUUCGUAAUCUGCGAGAGAGAUUUGCAAUUGAUGAUCAGGAUUUUCAGAAUUCUCUGACAAGAAGUUGUCCCCUUGCUAAUGAUUCGCAAGCUCGGAGUGGUGCCCGAUUUCACACCUCUUACGACAAAAGAUACGUCAUCAAAACCAUAACAAGUGAAGAUGUAGCAGAAAUGCACAAUAUACUGAAGAAAUAUCACCAGUUUAUAGUGGAGUGUCAUGGCAACACACUACUUCCUCAGUUUUUGGGAAUGUACCGGCUUACUGUUGACGGAGUCGAAGUAUAUAUGAUUGUUACAAGGAAUGUAUUCAGCCACCGUUUAUCUGUUUAUAGAAAAUAUGAUUUAAAGGGGUCUACAGUUGCAAGAGAAGCCAGCGACAAGGAAAAGGCCAAAGAACUGCCGACAUUCAAAGACAACGACUUCAUCAACGAUGGCCAGAAGAUUUAUAUUGAUGAAACGAACAAAAAGAUGUUCCUUGAAAAGCUUAAAAAGGAUGUUGAGUUCCUUGCUCAGUUGAAACUCAUGGACUACAGCUUGCUGGUUGGAAUUCAUGAUGUUGAGAGAGCAGAACAGGAGGAGGUUGAAUACGAAGAGAACGAUGAAGAGGAAGGAGAAAGCGAUGGGGCUCAUCCUGUUGGGACGCCUCCAGAUAGCCCAGGAAACACACUCAACAGCUUGCAGCCUUUAGCUCCAGGAGAAUUCGACCCAACCAUUGAUGUCUAUGGAAUAAAAUGCCAUGAAAAUGCACCCAGGAAGGAGGUAUACUUUAUGGCAAUCAUUGAUAUUCUUACUCAUUACGAUGCAAAAAAGAAAGCUGCCCAUGCUGCAAAAACCGUCAAACACGGCGCUGGUGCAGAGAUUUCAACAGUGAAUCCCGAACAGUAUUCAAAGCGGUUCUUGGACUUUAUUGCCAACAUCUUGACGUAACCUAAUGUUCCAUUGGACAGAUUACAAGGUCUGGGAACAGCAGCAAUGGCUACAAGUGUGUAAGGGAUAAAAAGCUUCUUUUAAAAGGAACUCUCAAAGUGCUAUCUUGCAGAAGGCAGCCCCCUUGUUUACAUCUGCUGGCAAAGAUGACUGACUGGGGUGAAAUACUCGCUUUAACAGCUGCCUGAUUUAUGCCCAGCAUAGUUCUAGCUAUUUCUGAUGCGUGUGUGCGUGCGUGUGAGUGUGUGUGUGUGCAGAAACAAAUAUAAAUUAACUAAUAAUAACUAAAAUAGAUCAGCUUCUUACUCGGUGUGCAUUGCAACAACACUCCAUGAAUACUAGCUGAGCUGGGAUGAAUGGUUAGAGGUGGGUGGGGAGGAAGGCAUUAUAUGCAUGUUAAGUUCUACAAUAUUGGUGUCGAAACUAAACUGUGGAUCAGUUUACGUUUUGAGCUGAGAGGUGCAAGACAGUAUUUGGUGGCGAUGAUGACUAUGACCUUACUGCAAAUGUUACACUUAACUACCCUGCAUGUUGGCACUCUUUGAAAAUAGAAACAUCAUAAGCUCCUUAUGCCGGAAGCUUUCCUGUUGGCACCUUUUUCAUUUAAUUAAAUUGGCCCAUUGCAACAGGAAAUAAGUCUUCCAGCAAUUCAGAGGUCUGGCUCUUGUUUUACCAAAAUCUAAUGUCAUAAUCAUGCUGUGUGUACUUUGCCAAGGGUAGACAUAUUUUGAGGGAGGUGGAGCAGGAACAUUAAGACUGUUUAAUUGUCAUGUUACAUGAAGAUUUUACACUGUAUGUUUAUCGUAUAGGAGCUGAGUGUACUACAAAGGAAAUCAAUGAUGCUUUUUUGGAAGAAAUUAAUCAUUUUGGGCAAUAAUAGCAUUUUCCACCACAUGAACAAAGGAAUAGGAAAGUCUGUUCACCUGUAACUGAUCAAAACCGAGACAUUUAAAUGCUUACAUUGUGCUGUUUUUAAUAUUUUAUUAAAAUAUUCUUUUUUUAAGCCCUAAAUUUUACUGUUUACAUUAAUAGGAAAACAGGGAUGCUUUGAGUAUGUCACAGUAUGUGAAUCUGAAGUUUACAUGUAAAGUUAUUUUGCAGUACAGAUGAAGUAAUUUCUUGAAGUAUAAUAUGCAGUAAUGUACCCAAGUGGAUAUUCAGUUCACCUCCAUGAUAGAAAAUAUUUUUGCAGUCCAUGGUGACAGGUUGUUUUGAGGUUAUUUUAUAUGGCAUUUUUAUUACCUAAUUAGCUCUGUUGCUCCAAAUGAUGCUGUGUUAACUGAUUUGCCUAAAAUUAUGUUGUCGCCUAUAACCUGUUUUGAAAAACCUCAGAUCACUUGGGGGGGGGGGAGGUUCCAAACUUUGAGGACGACAGAAUUAGAUAUGCUUAAAACUACUAUUCUCUACUUAAUACACUGUGCUAAAUUGUGCCUUUAAAAAAAUUAUAUGUUGAAACAGACAUUCAUGGGCAACUCAAAAAAUAAACCACUCUCUCUCUCUCUCCCACUCUGCAACGUAAAGCUUGUUCCACAAAUUCCAGGUUGCCUUUUCCACUUACCUAAUGCCAGUUCUGUUAAGCUUGCAGCUGAGCAUAAAUAUGGAUAGUUGGCUUCAGAGAACUCUGAUAAAACAUAAGCGGAUCUUGCUCUCAUGCAGCCAAAGGCAAUAUAUCCUAUUACACUGCACAAUAUUUCAACAGGGCUGUGAUCAUAGAAUUAGAAAGGACUGCAAGUCCAACCCCCUGAAAUGCAGGAAUCUUUUGCCCAACAUAGGGUUCGACCCCCCCAAACCCUGAGAUUAAGAGUCUCAUUGCUCUACCAACUGAGCUGUGUUACCUUUUUAAAAAACGUAUCUAAUUCGGUUUUAUUUUCCCACCGAAGAUAAUGAAUCUUAAAGAGUGAUGGGAUUCUCAGUUAUUAAAAGCAAUCACCUUCCCCCUUGCUCUUAACCCACAACAUUCUUGGACGCUUUAAAAGGCCCUGUUUCUAUGCGAAAACAGAUGGCUGUUGAGAUUUACACUGACCUUUUAAGACCCUCCAUCCACAAUAAGUUAACCCAAAUUGCUGAUCCUUUUUGGCAGUGGGUCUCUUGCAACUCUCCCUUUGUGGGGGCAGGGGAGCUCCAUAGCUAAGUGUUGGAACCCCCACUCUGCCCGCAAAAGGUCCUCAGUCCAAUCCCUGCCAUCUCUGGGAAAGAUGUCUGAAACCCUGGAGAGCAUCUGCCAGUCAGUGUAGACAGUACUGAGCUAAAUGGACCAGUGGCCUGGCUCAAAAUAAGGCAGCUUCCUAUGUUGCAUCUCAUUAGUGCUGUUGUCUCCUUUCCCUCCUCCUGUUUGGACAUACUUCCCAGCCAAGCUAUUAGUGACUGCGAGGCAAAAGACACAGCCCCACAUGGGUUUCUCACCACCUGAGUUCUCCUUCCCCUUUGAUAUAUUUAUAAUAAUGACCAACUCGUUACUAUAGUGGGGUAGGAGAGCUGAAAAUAAUGCCCAUAAGCCUCCUAGAGCAAAAUAGAUACAUCAGGAGGCGUAGUUUGACCAUAGCAGCUAGAGGAAUGGGAAAAUUUGUGUCCUGGGCUUUUUAGACUUGUCUACCCCACGUACUAUCUGAUACCAAAGGGGCACAUUGGUUGCCAGAUAUGACCUACGUUGGCAUUAUUUUCAGCUCUCCUGCCCCACGACUGUGUUGCUCAAUGCAGAUGGCGGUACCCCCUCUUUAAAAGUCAGCUGUUGCAAAUCUGGAUGGCAAAUUUCUUUAGUAGUUUGUCCAACAUCUUGGAAUAGCUGUAGCUUCUGUCUUACUGAGGCGCAUGAUACUCAUAACUGCAUUCUCUCCAGUUUGGGAUAGAUUACAAAUACACUUUUCAGGUUGAUGCAAGGAAUGGUUGUCAAGUCGUUGACAAGGGGUAGGUCAUGCACUUUCCACACACGUCCUACUGCCCUUGAGAGACAUUACUUUGAACAAAUAUUUUUUUGGGUUCCAUUUUCUGUUUUGUGACAUAAUAGUCUCUGAAAUUCCCAGUCAUUGCAAACGUACCCCCCUAAUGGACGGCGCACCACUGUAAGUUUAUAGAGCUCCACCUAGCUGAAAAGUCUAGGGAAAAUGCUUCACCAAAUAAAUGGCCAUCUCUUUUCUCACCUGAAUCUCUAUUGGUACGAUUGGAUGUAUUAUAUAUACUGUAUACUUGGGUGGACUGUCACAACAAAUGCUACCACCAGUGACUUUUCAGGAUUAUAAAUAAACUUAACUAAUUUCUACUGUG